AUGCUAAAGGAGAAUGGGACCACCACCAUCACAGAGUUUAUCAUUGUGGGUUUCCCGGGACUCCACUCCGACUACUAUGGUCUUGUUUCAGUCACUUUGUUCCUCAUAUAUGUAACCUCAGUGACAGGAAAUUUGCUUCUGAUGGGACUUUUUGUGUUCAGCCGCAGCUUUCGGAAGCCAAUGUACAUAAUCAUGGUUAAUCUUGCCUUGGUUGAUAUUAGUUUCUGCACUGUGACUCUACCCAAGAUAAUUGCCCGGUACUGGUUUGAUGCAGGAGCGAUUCCCUUCCAAGUAUGCUUCUUUCAGAGGUACCUGGUGCAUUAUUUUGGUACCCUGACCUCUUUUAUCAUGAUGAUUAUGGCUCUAGAUCGAUACGUUGCCAUCUGUCACCCGCUUAGAUACCCCUCAAUAAUGACAAAUCGCAUUAUGGCGGUUCUCAAUGUUUUGGCCUGGGUUUUUGCUGUGGCCCCACCUACCAUCACGACGGUACAAGCCUAUGAGUUGCCCUACUGUGGGCCAAACAGGAUCAUCCACUGCUACUGCGAGUCAAUCUCCAUCUCAGCCCUGGCAUGUGCCGGCAGCAGCGUGCACAGGGUCGUGUCUGUUUCCACCGCCCUGUUGGUGCUUCUCGGCCCUCUCUCUUUCAUCAUCUUUUCGUACGGCUGCAUUAUAGUGUCGGUGCUGCGAAUAGCCAGCUCUCACGGCCGCUGGAAAACGUUCUCUACCUGCAGUUCGCAGCUGAGCAUCAUUUCCCUUUACUACGUGCCCCGUUGCUUCGUCUACAUAACUUCGCUGGGGGGUUUUAAGAUGAGCGCCGACUUCCGCAUUCUCCUCGUGCUGUUCUACAGCAUUUUUCCACCUCUAGUCAAUCCUUUUAUUUACUGUUUUCGCAACCAGGAGAUCAGACAGAGACUGGGGAGAUGGGUGAGGCGACAGCAGGCUGUUUCACAGAAGCCAAUUAUUCAUUCUGUUUCCCAAUGA